AGAAGGAUGGAGGGGUUCCAGCUGCUUAGCUCAUUGAUCUGGCAGCAGGCGCUCCUCUGAGGAUUAAUCACAUCCAAAGGUGUUAUUCUCCCCGUGGGCUACAUGGGAACGGAGAUGCCAGGUUAAUUUCUCUACCUGGUGGAAAGGAAUUGUCCAUGUUGCCGGCCAGGGAGAUUUGAAAACUUCUGGAGAGUAACCUAGCCCAUCUCACGGGAAAUUGCUUGUGUCUGGCUAAUCUCAUUACACUAUUAAUGAAGAAGCUUUUCAUUUACUGGGCCUUGUGCUCUUUAGCAGGAAAUUCACUGGGAAAAAGACCACCAGUCAUUCAAGAAGCAACUUUUUGGUCCACCAACUUUGAAAAUAUCUUCACGUGGAAGAUUAAAGGGGAGACACCCCCAGGCACCCUAUACGAUGUUCAGUAUAAGACGUACGGCGACCUGACCUGGCAGAGUAAACCCGAGUGCCAAAAUACCACCCAGAACAUCUGCAAUCUCACUCACGAGACUGAGAAUUUCACCGAACGCUAUCAUGCUCAAGUGAGAGCUGUGGUCCCCAAUUGUUGCGUCUCCGACUGGUUCGUAUCCUCGAGAUUCUGUCCUCGUGAAGACACUCAUAUUGAGAAUAUUGAUGUAAAAUAUACACCCAGCAUUCAGUCCAUCAAGUUUGUUAUUCAUCCUCCUUACACACCUUUCAAGGAUGAUGAUGACUCCCUUCUGACUGUAGUGGACAUUUUCAACCAACUUGAUAUUGAGUUCCACUAUGAAAUAACAAUGUGCUGCACAAAGACCCAGCUGAAGUGGAAACAAAUUGUAAAUAAUGAAGAAUUUAACAUCAAUGACUUGGAUCCUGACACAGAAUAUAAUGGAACGAUAUACAUCCGAUAUUCUGAUAAAAUCAGCAAGUCCUGCAUGUUUCGAGUACGGACGUUAUCAGAUAACACCUGGCUGCCAUAUUUGUUUGGAAUGUUUAUAUUUAUAAUCAUAUUUACCUUUGGAGCUGUAUUUUACUUGAUGUAUAAAUAUGUUAAACAAUACACCAUUCAGCAGCCCACAUCUCUGGAUUUCAAAAGCAUUUCCCGUUUCCAGCCUCUCAUAUUAAAUGUGGAGCAUGCCCUGAGCCCUUACGAUUUAUCCAAGAUUAUCCAACCAGGGGUGUGUUCCAAUGAGAUUAGCCAUUACAUCCAGGGUGUGCCAGAGAACCAAAAAUUAUUCAGACCAAUAGCGACAGCAUACCAGCAACAAUCCAAAACGCCACCAUUCCAGCCUCUUGCCCAACCCUUGAAUGGUCUUCCAGUUGGAUAUGCCCCACAAGUGAUCAAGAACAGCCGGUUGCGUAUCCUAGGGGACAAUCCUUCCACAUUAACCUAUGGAUUAUGCGUUGAAGGGGCCAGCCACAAGGCAAACCAUUCUUUAAUAAGCAAUGGACGCUAUAAAGCCCAGAAACCAGAAAAGACUAACAAAGAGUUGCAGGAGACCACAAUGCCACAGGAGGAAGGGUUGGGAGUAGAAACCAGCCCCCAGAUUCAACAUCUCCCACUUCAGGAAGACUCAAAAGGUCCACCACAAGAAUCUCCGAGACUUCUGGGAGAAUGGAGACCUAUCACCGUGGACAGAAGCGGAGGAAGCUACAGAAAGCAGGCAGAGGUCCUACCUUCCAGCUCAGAAGUUGGCCAAAAUGCUAUCUUGGAGGGAGCUGAUUCUCUACUGUUAACCGUCUCCCCACCACCCUUAUUUGCACACUCUUCUUGCAACAACCUCCCUCAAGAUCACAGCGCAGGGCAACCGCCAGCCUUCGGCCUCUCAGCCUGGACUGAUCAUUUUUUGCAUUCCAAUUCAUUGGGAUUCCAAAUCACAGACUGCGUAGCUCAAGAAAGCUGGGGGUUAAAAAAUGAGCCUCAGACGUCAGAUAUUCCCUCAAAUAUCCUGGACACUCAUCAACUCAAUGGACCUUUCCCCAGUUUGUUCAGUGGCUUGGAGCUGAAGCUCCAGUGGGAUGGCAGCCCAGAGGAACAUGCAGCAACUUCUUAAGAUGUGCAAAAGUUUUGGGAAUUUCUUUCUACAAAACGAAGUGGGAAGCUGAUAGGGUUUUUUUU